AUGUCGCGAAUAUCGCCUGCGCUAGUGCCAGUGACGCUGCUGCUAUGGCUGUCGCUCGCCGCGUCGCACUGGCGACGGUCCCUCGGGCAGCAACUUGAGCAGCAUCUCGGGCAGCAGCUCGGCGAGCUGUCCCGCUUCAGAGACAUGCCUGACGACAGCCCUCGAAGACGAUUAGAGCGCUUCCAGUCCGAUGAGACCCCAAUCCUGCAGUCCCUUCCAACCGCCGCCAUCCGCGCCGUGAAAAGCGCCGGCAGCAGCGCCGACCGCAGACGCGGAGGCGCCACCAAGGUGGAAGGCGCUUCCGCCGCCGCUGCUGGCUUCCCCUCCUCCGCCUUCCCCCGCGUGUUCGAGUCGGGGCAGGGCUCGUGCGGCUUCCCCGACACGCGCGCAGACGCGGACGAGUGCGUGGCGGACCUGGCGGAGUUUCCCGCACUCAGCGCGCGCAGUGGUUCCGCCACCGUGCGGAAGUUGGCGUGCCUGGCGCACAACUACCUGCGCCCGUGGAUGGGGAUUCCGGGCGUCACCGCGGGGAUGGGCGCGCGGGGAAUGAUAUCCGCGGAAAUUCUGCACCAAAUGGGAACCAUGGCAAAUAUCCUAUCGUGCUCCGGGCACAUUCGAAUCGUGCGCGGAAAAGUUUUCUUCCGCCUGGGGGCUUUCCAGUUCGACUGGUACCGCAUGCGCCGAUUCGUCCUUACCGUCAAAAUGAUCCAGGACGCCAUUAGCGCGUAUAAACUGUACAGCCUGAACGCGGAGCUGUUUAUAAACACAUGCGAUCUGCCAACCAGCAAGGCGGACUCGGUCGCGCGGCAGGAUCGCGCGGGAAUGCCUUUGUUCAGUCCGCACGUCGUCCCCGGCUCGCUCGAUAUUCCGUAUCCCGACCCCGUCGAUCUGUCCAAGAGCUACUUCCGAGACGUUGAGGAUAAGGUCCCUUGGGAGCAAAAGCAGGGCCGGGCGGUGUUCCGGGGCGGGAUGACAAACUACCACAUCGCCAUGCCCAUGCACUGGCGCGCCAGCCCUCGCUUCCGCGUGCACCGCAUGGCAGAUGCCCGCCCGGAUCUGCUAGACGCGCGCGUCAUGAGCGGUGUGGAUGUGAGAUGGCGUGAGAGCUUGGAGGCGGAUGGGGUGCGGCUGGGCGGGAGAUUAAAGCCCGAGGAGCUGCAGGGGUUUAAGUAUGAGCUGGAUGUGGACGGCGGGACAGGGAGCGGCCGGACGUGUGGGAUUCUGGCGAGCAAUCAGGUUCUGAUCCGCCAGGCCAGCGAGUACUAUCAGUUCUUCGACCCGCUGCUGUGCCCUAUGAAGCACUUCCUCCCCACCCACCGCUACUUCAACAACCUUUACUCGCAAAUCCAGUGGGCCCGCGCCAACGACCAACGGGCACGGGAGAUUGUUGCGGCUGCCAAUGACUUUGCCAGUCUCCUUGCCCCUCCCUUCCCCUCCCCCACACACCCUCUCCGUCCUGUAACUAACUUUGCCCGGUUCAUCGCAGUUUCUCCCCGCACCAUUCCCCCUCAAUUUCUCUCAUUUCUUCCCACACUUGUUUCGUCUCUCAUCCCUCCUCUCUCAUUCCUCCUCUCUCAUCCCUCCUCUCUCGUCCCUGCUCUCUCAUCCCGCUCCUAUCCUGCAGCACCCUGUGCACGUGGGAGGGGUGCCAGCUAUUCUGGGCUAUUUUGCUCGUCAAGUACCCCAAAGUGCCUUAGAGCACAGCGCCAGCAUCACAGCUCCGCCUCCCCUGAUGCCCCUGGGUCGUUCCCCCCCUCUCUAACCAUUUUCUCAUGUCUUUCCCCCCCUGUUUCCUCUCUUAUCCUUCUCCUCCCUGCAGCACCCUGUGCAUCACAGCUCCUCCGAUCCCCCUUGAGGGUACUUCUCCCACUCUCACACAACUUUCUUCUCUAUUCCUCACUUCGUCUCGGGCUUCUCUUAUCCUCUCCCCUCAUGCAGCACUCUCUGCACAUGGGAGGGACGGCGUCUCUUCUGGGCUAUCCUGCUCGCUAA